AUGGCCAUGGCUAGGGCGGUGGCGACGUGCGCGGUGCUGGCGGUGAUGAUGGUGGCGCCAUCGGCGGUGCUGGGUAGGGCGAUGGCGCCGGCCAGGGCGUCGGCGGCGGACCAGACGUGCGACGUGGGGAAGUUGAUCCCGUGCGGGCCGGCGAUCAUCGGCGGGACGCCGCCGUCGGACUCGUGCUGCUCGAACCUCAAGGCGCAGGAAGGGUGCUUCUGCCAGUACGCGAAGGACCCGGCUUACUCCGGCUACAUCGACAGCCCCAACGCCCGCAAGACCCUCGCCUCGUGUGGCAUCACCCUCCCCACCUGUCCGCGGUAG